GCAAUACCGGCUUUCAGCCACUGGUGGCGCCGUGCCGUGUAUGAAAGAGACGGAGCUUUGUGCCCGAAACUAAAAAAAACACCUAAACCAGAACCUGACACAUGAAUUAAAAGAACGACUUAUCCGUGAGAGGCCAGUAGAGGACUGUCUGUCCGGAGAAGGAUGAUGGAGUUCCCGCAGCAGCAUCAGCAGCAGAGACCUGCGGCGGACGGGAAGAUCAUCUACCCACUGGGUGUCAAAGAGAUCACUGAUAAAAUCAGCAACGAUGAAGUCGUCAAACGGUUAAAGCUGGUGGUGAAGACGUAUAUGGACAUGGAUCAGGACUCGGAGGAGGAAAAGCAGCAGUAUUUGGCUCUAGCUCUUCACUUGGCUUCUGAGUUCUUCCUGCGAAACCCCAACAAGGAUGUGCGGUUGCUUGUGGCCUGCUGUCUCGCUGACAUCUUCAGGAUCUACGCUCCAGAGGCUCCGUACACCUCACAUGAUAAACUUAAGGAAAUUUUUCUCUUUAUUACACGGCAGUUGAAGGGAUUAGAGGACACUAAGAGCCCUCAGUUCAACAGAUACUUCUACUUGCUAGAGAACCUGGCAUGGGUGAAGUCCUACAAUAUCUGUUUUGAAUUGGAGGACUGUAAUGAGAUCUUCAUCCAGCUCUUCAAAACCCUCUUUUCUGUCAUCAAUAACAGCCAUAAUCAGAAGGUGCAGAUGCACAUGUUGGACCUGAUGAGCUCCAUCAUAAUGGAGGGAGAUGGAGUGACACAGGAGCUGCUGGAUACAAUCCUCAUCAACCUCAUCCCUGCUCACAAAAACUUGAAUAAGCAGGCCUAUGACCUGGCCAGGACUCUUCUGAAGAGAACCGUUCAGAGCAUUGAAACCUGCAUCGCCUCGUUCUUUAAUCAGGUGUUGGUGAUGGGGAAGUCCUCAGUGAGUGAUCUGUCGGAGCAUGUGUUUGACCUAAUUCAGGAGCUCUUUGCUAUUGACCCUUUGCUCCUCGUCUCUGUGAUGCCACAACUUGAGUUCAAACUGAAGAGUAAUGACGGAGAGGAGAGAUUGGCUGUGGUGAAACUGUUGGCUAAACUCUUUGGAGCAAAGGACUCUGAACUGGCCAUUCAGAAUCGCCCACUCUGGCAAUGUUUUCUAGGAAGGUUUAAUGACAUCCAUGUUCCUGUGAGACUGGAAUGCGUGAAGUUUGCUAGCCACUGCCUGAUGAACCACCCAGACCUUGCCAGGGAUCUUACAGAAUAUCUGAAGGUGAGAUCACAUGACCCAGAAGAGGCUAUCAGGCAUGAUGUCAUUGUGACCAUCAUCAACGCUGGGAAGAAAAACCUGAACCUGGUGAAUGAUCAACUGUUGGGUUUCGUCAGAGAAAGGAUGCUGGACAAGAGGUGGCGUGUCCGCAAAGAAGCAAUGAUGGGUUUGGCCCAACUGUAUAAAAAGUACUGUUUGCACCAUGAGGCCGGGAAAGAGUCUGCUCUGAAAAUCAGCUGGAUCAAAGACAAACUCCUACACAUCUACUACCAGAACAGCAUAGAUGACAAGUUGCUGGUGGAGAAGAUCUUUGCUCAGUACAUGGUUCCUCACAGUCUGGACACUGAGGAGAAGAUGAAGUGUCUGUACUACCUUUACGCCUGUCUGGACACCAACGCAGUCAAAGCACUGAAUGAAAUGUGGAAGUGUCAGAAUAUGCUGAGAGGCCUGGUUCGAGAACUGCUGGACCUACACAAACUGCCUACUUCUGAAGCAAACACCACAGCAAUGUUUGGGAAGCUAAUGACGAUUGCUAAGAAUCUACCAGAUGCAGGAAAAGCUCAGGACUUCAUGAAAAAGUUUAAUCAGGUUCUGGGUGAAGAUGAGAAGCUCCGUCUUCAGCUUGAUCUGCUUAUCAGCCCCACCUGCUCCUGCAAACAGGCUGAACAGUGUGUGAGGGAAAUCACACGGAAGCUGACAUUCCCCAAGCAGCCCACAAACCCAUUCCUGGAGAUGGUGAAAUUCCUACUGGAAAGAAUCGCACCUGUGCACAUAGACUCUGAGGCCAUCAGUGCCCUGGUUAAGCUGUUGAAUAAAUCAAUCGAGGGUACUGCUGAUGAUGAAGAUGAGGGAGUAACCCCUGAUACUGCCAUCCGUGCUGGACUUGAGCUACUCAAGGUUUUGUCAUUUACACACCCCACUUCCUUCCACUCGGCUGAGACGUACGAGUCUCUGCUGCAGUGUCUGAAGAUGGAGGAUGAUAAAGUGGCAGAAGCUGCAAUACAGAUCUUCAGAAACACAGGACAAAAGAUUGAGACAGAACUGCCUCAGAUUCGCUCGACUCUUAUUCCCGUUCUGCAUCAGAAGGCAAAAAGAGGCACCCCCCACCAGGCCAAACAGGCUGUCCACUGCAUCCAUGCCAUCUUCCACAACAAAGAGGUCCAGUUAGCUCAGAUAUUUGAGCCAUUGUCUCGCAGUCUGAACGCAGACGUGCCUGAACAGCUGAUCACUCCACUCGUGUCUCUUGGGCACAUUUCCAUGCUGGCCCCCGAUCAGUUUGCAUCACCCAUGAAAUCCAUCGUAGCCAAUUUUAUUGUGAAGGACCUUCUGAUGAAUGACAGAUCUGUGGGAAACAAGAAUGGGCGGCUAUGGACAGCUGAUGAAGAGGUUUCCCCUGAAGUGCUAGCAAAGGUGCAGGCCAUUAAACUAUUGGUGCGUUGGUUGAUGGGAAUGAAGAAUAAUCUGUCUAAAUCAGCUAACUCUACACUCAGACUCCUGUCAGCUAUGCUGGUCAGUGAGGGAGACCUCACAGAGCAGAAAAAGAUCAGUAAGUCUGACAUGUCUCGGAUGAGGCUCGCAGCAGGGAGUGCCAUUAUGAAACUGGCUCAGGAGCCCUGUUACCAUGACAUCAUCACUCCAGAACAGUUCCAGCUAUGUGGACUUGUCAUUAACGAUGAGUGCUAUCAGGUGCGACAGCUUUUUGCUCAGAAGUUGCAUGUCGCUCUGGUGAAGUUACUGUUGCCACUGGAGUACAUGGCUGUGUUUGCUUUGUGUGCUAAAGACCCAGUGAAAGAGCGACGCGCUCAUGCCCGACAGUGCCUGCUCAAGAACAUCAGUGUCCGCAGAGAGUACAUCAAACAGAACACUAUGUCCCAUGAGAAGCUGCUAUCUCUCCUGCCAGAAUAUGUGGUGCCAUACAUGAUCCAUCUUCUUGCGCAUGAUCCAGACUUCACCAAACCACAGGACCUUGAGCAGAUCAGAGACAUCAAAGAGUGUUUGUGGUUCAUGCUGGAGGUGUUGAUGACAAAGAACGAGAAUAACAGUCACUCAUUUCUGAGGAAGAUGGUGGAGAACAUCAAACAAACAAAAGACGCUCAGGCCCCAGAUGACCCCAAGGCAAAUGAGAAACUUUACAUAGUGUGUGACGUGGCAUUGUUUGUGAUUGCGAACAAAAGCACUUCCUGUCAUCUGGACUCGCCAAAAGAUCCUGUGCUACCUACCAAGUUCUUUACCCCUCCGGAUAAGGACUUUGUCAACGAUAAGGAAUAUCUGUCUCCAGAAGCCAAAACAGUUUUGCAGACUGGAAAAAUCCUGCAACCGCCAAAGCAGGCAGGUGUGCUGGGAGCAGUGAACAAACCUUUAACGGUAACAGUUCGCCGGCCGUUACCUAAAAUCACCACCUCCGACGCGGGGAGCAACGCAAGUGCCAACUCCCAGCCCAGCUCCCCUGCAACAAAUAAGAACAGGGAUGUGAAAUCUGAGUCGUCAGAGACGGGAGCAAGGGAGAACGAAGAGAAUCCAGUAAUCACGAAAGCAGGAGGCGUAAAGAAGGAUGAGGCUGCUCAGACCAGCGGGAAGAAGCGUGCUGCUCCUGGAAGUGAUGGCACAGAGAACAGUGUGUCCAUGAACCCCUCGGCAGGAUCACAACCCCCUCCCAGCAAACCUCGACGGGGUCGACCCCCUAAAAUCCCUGCGGGUGUAGCCACGCCAAAUAAAGAGGCUGGAGCUACGAAAGGGGGUGGGGCCGGACGUGGCCGGAAGAGAGCAGCACCUGCUCAGGAUCCCGCCUCCACAACCUCAGCUGAUCCAAUCAGUGGCAAGACACCAAAACUGCAGAAAGCAGUGCCACAGAGACAGAUUGACCUGCAAAGGUAAAGCGUAGAAUGAAGAUGAGGAUGGUCAGACAGUAAAGGAUCGACCGAGCCGACCGAAGAGACUCGUUCACCCACCCAUCAGAAGCUCUUCACAAACCUGAACUGUCAUUACCCCACACCUCAGAAGAAUGAGGAAUGAAUUCUUUAGAUUCAGAUGUUCAGACUUGUAUGUUUCUCUUCAUUCAUUUAUUUUCUGUUGAAAUUGUUCCUUGUUGCUCUUUGCCUCUCUCUAUCUGGAGCCAUUUUUAAAAAAAAAAAACAUUUGAAUGAAAAACUGUUUAAUCUGCUCUAUGGUUGCUUAUUAAACACUUGGAAUGAU